AAUAUUUUUUAUACAUUCUAGCUUCCAAACUAUCCUAUUUCGCCGCAGUUUGAUGAAGAUUUGGUGAGAAUCAAACUCAAAAUGAAUGCUCCAAACGAAGUGCCAGCAUUUCUAUUCCAUGUACUGUCGCUGAAAAAAAAGUUCAAUGUCUUGUGUGAAAUUUCAUCAAUAUUUGAAGAUUUAAUUCGAGGACAAUGUAAAAUUGAAAACAACUUUUUCGAUAUGUUGAAAGAUUUGAUUUUAACAUUCAAGUUUCUAGCAACCUCGAACAAAGUAGUGAUAAACGAUAAACAUUAUUAUAAUAAUGUAUGUAAAGAAAUUGAAAGUAGGAUGGUCAAUUAUGAUGCUUCAUUUGAAACAAAGAGUUACUAUGGAGAAUACGAAGCUGAAAUCAAAAGAUGUACAAUAAUAUUGUUGAAACUUCUGUUUUUUGAAAAUGAUCAGUUAGCCGAUAAGAUUCAGUUAAUUCUUUUUGAUACUGUUAUACAUUGGAUUGAUUUUGUGAAAGCUGAGAUCAUCAGUUAUCUUCAUUUAGAGAAGGGAAGAGAAUAUGGUCAGUAUUUCUCUAAGUUGGUGCAAUAUUACAAGAGGAAUAAAGCUAAAUUUGUGUUCACAAAUCGGUAGUUAAUGUAGAUUCAUGUAUUCUUAUUUAUAUUAUUUUCCAAUUUUAUCA